UUCGGCUGCGCAGCUGAAACCGGUAACCGAGCACUCCAGCACGUUGUGAAGCCGCUCGUGCUACAAGGCUUGAGGUGAUUCAAAAGAAAUCACUCGUUUUCUAAAUCAACGAUUUUUUUUUUGAUAAUCGUCUCACUGAGAUUUCCAGUUGACCAAAGAAAUGGUGAUGGAGAAGCCAAGUGCCCAGCUGGUCGGGCGAGAGUUUGUCCGACAGUAUUACACACUCCUUAACCAGGCCCCGGACUACCUGCACAGGUUUUAUGGAAAGAACUCCUCCUACGUGCACGGCGGCAUGGACAACAACGGCAAACCAGUCGAGGCUGUUUAUGGACAAUCUGAGAUCCAUAAGAGGGUGAUGGCUCUGAGUUUCCGCGAUUGUCACACUAAGAUCCGACACGUGGACGCCCACGCCACCCUGAACGAGGGCGUGGUGGUGCAGGUGAUGGGCGAGCUGUCCAACAACAUGCAACCCAUGAGGAAGUUCAUGCAGACCUUUGUGCUGGCACCUGAGGGAACUGUUGCAAAUAAAUUCUACGUCCACAACGACGUGUUUCGUUACCAAGACGAGGUGUUCGCCGACUCUGAUUCUGAGCCUCCUGAAGAGUCUGAGGAUGAGGUGGAGGAGAUCGAGGAGAGGGUUCCCUCCCCUGACGUCGCUCCUGAGGAGUCUGCUGCCUUCUAUGACCCGGCAGUCUGUUCGGAGCCGACUGUUCCCGGUGACGAGGAGGAAGCUGCCGCAGCGAGUCCAGAACCAGAGCCAGAGGUGGAGAAGGAGGUCGAGGCAGCAGUGGUGGAGCUGAAGCAGGAGUCGAUGAUCGAGACACAAACAGACUCAAACACCACCGACGACCAGACAGAGAAAAGCCCUGCCGCCGCCCCGCCCACUGUCGAACCUGUCACCAUGCCCGCCGAAUCCACCCCCGCCGCUCCAGAAGAAAACAGGCCCUUCUCCUGGGCGUCCGUCACCAGUAAGAACCUCCCUCCCAGCGGGGCCGUCCCAGUGUCAGGAAUGCCCCCACACGUCGUCAAAGCCAUUCCCACAGCAGCGCCCAGAGUGGAGGUAAAGCCAGAGUCCCAAACAGCCACACAGAGACCACAGAGAGACCAGAGACCGAGGGAACAGAGGCCUGGAGGUCCUCCGCCGGUACACAGAGGGCCCAGACCAGUCCGGGAAGGUGAGCAGGGGGAGUCCGAGGGCCGCAGGGUGGUUCGGUACCCCGACGCACACCAGCUGUUUGUGGGAAACGUCCCUCAUGACGUGGACAGAGCCGAGCUCAAGGAGUUCUUUGAACAGUACGGUACAGUCCUGGAACUGAGGAUCAACAGCGGAGGGAAGCUUCCAAACUUUGGCUUUGUCGUGUUUGACGACUCUGAACCUGUGCAGAAGAUCCUGAGCAACAGGCCCAUUAAGUUCCGAGGUGACGUGCGCCUGAACGUGGAGGAGAAGAAGACCCGGUCGGCCAGGGAGGGCGACAGGCGGGAUGUGAGGCCCCGGGGUCCAGGAGGUCCCGGCGGUCCCAGAGAGAGAAUUGGAGGUGGCGGAGGACCCAGAGGACCCCCCACCCGCGGAGGAAUGGCACAGAAACCCAGCUUCGGCUCUGGACGGGGCGCAGGUCCCAAUGAGGGGCGCUACUCGGCCCCGCGCCAGUGAGGCACAGAACACCAAACCUGAGUUAGAUUACUGUUCAGAUUGAGAUUACUCCUGAGUAAUUGGAAAACCCCAAUUUUAAACAAAAGCCCCUUUACUACGUCACAUAAGAGAGAAUACGUAGGAGUUAUUCUUUUUGUUUGGAGUCAGAAUUCUGGUGUUUAUGCCCUCAAAUGCACUGAUUUCUGAUUACUUCCUCCUUAAUGUUUUUCCCUAAAAUCUAGUAGUACUUUGAAGGGGAUUCUGUUGGUAAUCGACACAGGUUUGGUCGAGAGCUUUCACCAUCAAGUAACGCCAGCACCUGCUGAAUUCAACAGCCAGUCUCGACAUCUGUCUCUCAUGUAGACUGCUGCCUCCUCCCCCCUCCAGGCUCCCUCCAUCCCGGCCUGACUCCCCCCUCUUCUUCUUCUUCUUUCUCACCUGCUGCUUUUUGUUUCCCUCUGAGGAAUCCAGAAUGUCACUCCUCCUUUUCCGCUCUCCCUUCCUCCUCUUUGUCGCCUCCUUUCACCAACACAUGUAUUAUCUGGACUGUUUUUUUUUGUUGGUCAUUUUCAUUUUUUGUUUUUCACGCUGAACUUGAAUUUAUUAAGAAGCUAACCGAAA